AUGCCCUCGAGACUGUGAGAUUAAUGAUUGAAUGGUAUAUGAAGAAUAGUCACGAUGACGUGAGCGUAUUUGCAUUAUCCGCAACAUAUCGACCUAUGAAACAGAAUAUAUCAGUAAAAGAAUUCGUGAACCGCAUGGAAAAAAGAGGAAUAAAAAUUGAGCCGGGUGAACGAUUCAAUUAUUAUGUUAUUCGACAUCCCGAUCAAAAAGCAAAAAUUCAUCAGAAAAUGAUUCUCGUAAAAUAUUUUGAUAAUGAAAGGAUGAAAAUUGAUAUGAAAUAUUAUAUCGAUACUCUUGUGGGAACAUUUGCACGCUUUAUCAAUUAUCAUGAACAAUUUCAG